UAACAAGCUGGAUUCAUUUAAUUUUCUCCAUCAAGUCUCAAUGUCAUAAUGGACAGGCUGCACUCCUCCAUGCGUAAAAGACUUUACAGUUUGCCACAGCACAUUGGACAGAAAGCAUCUAUAAUGGGCGAAGGAGAAGACGACGCAGACAAGGACACCCGGAGGAAGAGUCUUCGGAUGAAGCCUCUACCGUCACCGUCGCCGACCUCUGGGGGAAGCUGCAAAGGCAUCGGGGAGACCAAAAAUGGGGAGUCUGUGAUAAUGGAGACGGACAUGGGGAGACAGACGAAGACCAGCUCAAAUGGAGAUUGCCGGAGGUUUCGGGGCAGCCUCUCGUCCAUCACAAGUCGCCAUGUGCACGACUCUGACUCGGCGGAGCAGAGGCGCCUCAUCACCGAGGGGGAUGUCACCCCGAGCGAGGAGAGCCCCCCCGGAGCCAUCGGUGACGGGCCGCCGGACCAAGGCGCGCAGGGAGCCAGCGGUGGCGGUGGUACCCAAAAAGAUUCCCCAGACCAGCAGCCAGGGUUUAUAAAGUUGGAUGGCAUUGAUCAAAUUCUGCCGGAAGACGAGAGAUUAUAUCAAGCUGGGUUCAUACACAGACAGUUUGGAGCAAUGCUUCAACCAGGGGUCAACAAGUUCUCCCUGAGGAUGUUUGGAAGUGAAAAGGCGGUUGAACGGGAACAAGAGCGGGUUAAAUCCGCCGGAUUUUGGAUAAUUCACCCGUACAGUGAUUUCAGGUUUUACUGGGACUUGACCAUGCUGCUGCUGAUGGUGGGCAACCUCAUCAUCAUACCCGUGGGCAUCACAUUCUUCAAGGACGAGCACACGCCCCCCUGGAUUGUGUUCAACGUUGUCUCCGACACUUUUUUCCUCAUGGACCUGGUCCUUAACUUCAGGACGGGUAUCGUCAAGGAGGAUAACACAGAGAUCAUCCUGGAUCCGCAACAGAUCAAGAUCAAGUACUUGCGGAGUUGGUUUGUGGUGGACUUCAUCUCCUCCAUCCCUGUGGACUACAUCUUCCUGAUCGUGGAGACGCGCAUCGACUCAGAUUUCUACAAGACGGCGCGCGCCCUGCGGAUUGUCCGCUUCACAAAGAUCCUCAGCUUGCUGCGACUUCUGCGCCUCUCUAGACUCAUUCGCUACAUCCACCAAUGGGAAGAGAUCUUCCACAUGACCUAUGACCUAGCCAGCGCCAUGGUGAGGAUAGUCAACCUGAUCGGCAUGAUGCUGCUGCUGUGUCACUGGGAUGGCUGCCUGCAGUUCCUGGUGCCCAUGCUGCAGGACUUCCCCGCUGACUGCUGGGUAUCCAAAAAUAAGAUGGUGAAUGACACAUGGGGACAGCAGUACUCCUACGCACUUUUCAAAGCUAUGAGCCACAUGCUGUGUAUUGGGUAUGGCAUGUACCCCCCGGUGGGCAUGACAGACGUGUGGCUGACCAUCCUCAGCAUGAUUGUGGGCGCUACCUGCUACGCCAUGUUUGUGGGCCACGCCACCGCGCUAAUCCAAUCCCUGGACUCAUCUCGACGGCAGUACCAGGAGAAGUACAAACAGGUGGAGCAGUACAUGUCCUUCCACAAGCUGCCAGCAGAUAUGAGGCAGAGAAUCCACGACUACUACGAGCACCGAUUCCAGGGCAAGAUGUUCGAUGAGGAGAGCAUCCUGGGAGAGCUGAACGAGCCGCUCCGAGAGGAAAUCGUCAACUUUAACUGUCGAAAGCUGGUGGCGUCCAUGCCUCUAUUUGCCAACGCGGACCCCAACUUUGUCACCUCCAUGCUCACCAAGCUGAAGUUUGAGGUGUUCCAGCCUGGGGAUUAUAUCAUCAGGGAGGGCACCAUCGGCCAAAAAAUGUACUUCAUACAGCACGGGGUUGUCAGCGUACUAACCAAAGGCAAUAAAGAGACCAAGCUGUCAGAUGGCUCAUACUUUGGAGAGAUUUGUUUGCUGACACGAGGCAGAAGGACAGCCAGUGUCCGGGCAGACACAUACUGUCGCCUGUACUCACUGUCUGUGGACAACUUCAAUGAGGUGCUGGAGGAGUAUCCUAUGAUGAGAAGAGCCUUUGAGACUGUUGCCGUGGACCGGCUGGACCGUAUUGGCAAGAAAAACUCCAUCCUGCAGCACAAGGUACAACACGACCUCAGCUCUGGUGAACUCAACUACCAGGAGAAUGAGAUCAUCCAGCAGAUUGUGCAGCAUGACAGGGACAUGGCCCACUGUGCCCACCUCUUGCAGAACGCCCCACUCCAGACUCCUCCUUCACCUACCCCUGUCAUCUGGGCCCCUCUCAUCCAGGCCCCUCUACAGGCAGCAGCCACCACCACCUCAGUAGCCAUUGCCCUGACACACCAUCCACACCUUCCACAAACUCUUUUCAGGCCUCCGGUUUCUGUUCUGGGGUCUCUAAAGGACCCUCCCAGCCGGCUUAAGAAGUUCCACACAAUUGUUCCUCCAUCCACAGCACCUGGCUCUGCUGGGGACUCUCCCUCUAGCACACCCUCUAAACUGCGCACUGGCAUUGACAUGCCAUUGCUGGCCUCUUUUCGGGCCCUGCACAUGACGUCAGGUACAGGGGCAACUGGCUCUAGCCAACAGGCCUCAGGUAGCAGAGGCCAGCGUGGACCUAGUGGGGCUGGCUCUGGGUCAAGCGGAGGAGCGGCCUCUGCCUUUCCCUUUGGACCAUACUCUUCCUCUGGUUCACCCUCAUCUAGUACGGCCCAGCUACACCCACAGCCACAGCAUCAACAGCCAUUUCGCUCCAGCACCCCACCUCCCUCAAACCUCUUCCACCAAGGAUCUACAGGUGGAAGCACAGGGUCAGGAAUAAGUGGAGGGGCAGUUGGAGCCUGUGGUGGUGCUACAGGGUGGUCUUCAGCUGGAGCGGUCGGAGGGUCUGUGGAAGGAGCUACAGGAGGAGACACUGCUUGGGCUGGAGAGGACUUUACAACUGGAACGACAGGGCCACUGCCUGGGGGGCAUUUUGGGUUGGGAGGAGCUACUGGUGGAUCAGUAGUAGAGAGUUCAGUAGAAUCCUUGGGAGGGAUAUCUGAAGGAUCAGUCGUUACUGCUUGUAGCACGUUAGCAGGUGGGGCAUCAGGUGGAGCUACAGGGGGCAUUACCUGCGGGUCAAUAGGAGAUGCAGCCAGGAGAUCAAUGGGAGGGACUUCUAUAGGAUCAAUGGGAAGAGUCUCUGGGGGAUCAGUGGGUGGGGCUUCUGGAGAAUCGCUGGUAGUAACGACUACUGGAGGAUCGUUAUGGAGGGCUUCAGGUGGAUCAAUGGGAGUGGUUACCGGGGGGUUGACAGUAGGGGCCUCUGGGGGACCACAUGGAGGGGUUUCUGGUGAUUCUUUGAUAGGGAAUCCUGGAUUGUUGGGAAGGGUUUCUGGUGGAGCCACAACUAGCCAUAUAGGAGGAGGUUUGAGUGGGCCAGGGGGAGGGGUGAUUGGAGGACAUAUUGGCAGAGCAUCAGGAGGGGCAGUUGGGAGCCAUUUAGGAGGGUCUACAGCUUGUCCUGAAGAAGGAUCUUCUGCUGGAAUUACAGCUGGACUUCUUAGUUCCUCCCGUUGUCAGAGUCCUAUAUCUACCGUCUCAUCCAGCCCUAUGCCUGGUCAGUUUCUGCAUAGCCAGCCACCUCCCAAGCCUCCUCAGGUGGCUCCUUUGCAGCAGUUUGCCGGGGGAGGCAGGACUACCAGUGGCUUAAACCUCUUCCAUUCCCCUCCACAUGGCUCCCCAUCCUCUAGCAGAGGACAGCACAGCCAGCAGCCUGCUGAGGGCUCCCCAUCUUCCCUCAGCCAUUUUAGCCUAGCAGGCCUCCAGUCUAGCUUACUGCCUCACCAGAUGUCCCUGGAGAGAUCUGCCCUGGCCUCCCUGGCCCAGUACGGUUCAGCAAACGCCUCCCCCUGCCUUACCCCGGUGGCUCCCAGCCCUACUGUUCAAAGCCCAGUGGCAGGCAGGACUUUCCUCUACAGCAACCCAUCGAGUGCCACAGGAUCCCACAGUUCUCUGCUCAUGCCUCAGUCUUCUCUCCCUUCACAGCCUCACAGCCAGCCACACACAACAGGAAGAGAUUCUCCGCUGGGCCGCUUUUCUGAGGACCUAAAGCUUUUAUCCAGCUCCCACUCAUCUCUGCCCCAGGAAGUGGCCCAGGCCUUAGGCCACCAUACUGCUCGCUCCUCUGUUGAACCAGGAUAUUACCCCUCACCCUUUUCCUCACCCACUCUUGCCCCCAAAGUCUGUAGCUCAGUGCCAGGGCGAAUGACUCCUCCAAUUCACAUAUCUCCGGGGCACCCUCACCAGACUCAGUCCCCUGUAGCCGCCCCGGCCUUGCCUCUAAGGAGGGCCUCUGCUGCCUACUCAUCAGAUCUAGAACCUCAAACUGUCCGCUCUAAACUCCCUUCCAAUUUGUAGGGAUUGAUCACACCCUCCUGUGCUCCUCCAAACUGAAACACACUCAAACUAUCUCCAUGUGUGGCAUUCUUUUCUUUUGAUCCUCAGCCUUCACUGUGUUCAACCUCUCAUUUUACCAAGAUCUUAAACAUUACUGUGAUUUAAAAGACACUUU